AUGGUCGCUGAUGACAGCAACGCUCCAUGGUUUCAAGACCCCGCUCGCUCGAAGCCAUUCACGCUUCUUAAAACUGUCGAUGUCCAAUGUUACUGCACUGCGCUCUUUCCAUGGUCUGAACAGUCUUCGGGUGCUCUAUGGUAUGGCGAGAAGGACAAAGAACUCCAGGACGGGUCAUGGAAACAGAUGAUUUCCGAUUGGUCUGGGGCCCUCGCAAUCGGAACCCUGGACUCUCUGCUUGUUAUCCCACUCAACGCCUCGAGGUCACGCAAAGGCCUCUCAGUGUCUGUACCAAAACAAGAACAGAACACGCCUGGAAAAAAGACACCCGUAAUGGCCGUGGGGUGGGCGUUGCCUUUUGAAUCACCACUAGAGCCUCUUAUUGUUUUCUCAGCGGGUAGCAUCCUUUACAUCCUGGACCCAGUGAAAGGCAAAAUAAUCGGCUACUUGCGUGGACAUGGUGGGCCAAUCACAUCCAUAGUCGUUCACCCUACGCAUCCCUAUUUAUUCUGUACCACUUCAAGGGAUUUUACAACACGCAUAUAUGAUUUAACAUUGUCCCCGCGGCAGGGGCCUGACAACCCUUGCUGGCCACCAUCUAAAGUCCCCAGCCUAGGAGGAGCCCCCCAUGGACUGCAAGCUAGCGAGCCAGAGGGUAAUGGCGUUGGCCGAUGCAUCAGUGUUCUCUGCGGUGGUCCGUCCGGUGGUCAUCAGGCUGCCGUCCUGAGCGCUGCAUUCCAUCCAACGCAUCCUCUGAUCGCCACGUGUGGGCUAGAUCGGGCUGUGAAGAUUUGGAGUUUUUCAGCGUCAUCUAAUUUUACUCGUGAAGACAAGCCUCUUUUCAGCAGCAGUCGGAUUCACAAGGCGCGCAUCAUGUCUGUGAGUUGGCUUAGCACCGACACUUUAGUAACUCAUAGUGCGCCCGCUCUCAUGAGACGUCGCGGUCGCAAGGAUGAUAUAUACUACGAAGAUGGAACCGUGACGAUUUUCCGGUGGAUUGGAUUCGAUAGAUUUUUUCCUGCAGGACAAAAUAUUGGGAAGGUGUUCAGGGGUUGCUCAUCGGAUUAUCAGGAGAGCUCAUCAUUUACGCUCAUCUCGACGUCUUCGUUGCCCCAACAGACUCGACACGUUCAUGUCACCCAAACGUUUACAGGCGACUACAUACUUGUAUUGUCUCUUCCUGACAACGUUCGUCUGUAUAACCUCGCAAACUUCCACCCCCGCGUGAUAGCGCCAGACCCGCCUGAGCGUGACCCGCCGGAACGUGACAUUGAAUCUGAAUUCCAAAAUGUACGUCUGGACGAUGAAGAGGAAGAGGAAGAUCAACCAAUCACAACAUUCUUCGGGAAAUCACCCGAACCGCAGAGGUGGGAAGUUCUAGUUCCUGGUGCGCAGGGAAGCGUGCAGGCUUGUGUGCUCGGCUUUGGAGGACAGUUACUGGUAACACUUGGGAAGCGUAGGGUAUGCAUUUGGAGA